AAAUGUGUAUUAAUUAUAAUUUCGAAGAAACGUUAACUUUGUAUUAAAAAGUUGAUUUAAUGCAAAAUAGAAUAUAAUAUUAUAAACAAGAUUAUUUUCAAACUGAUAGAAAUGUUAAAGUUUAAUAAUUAUUACUAUGCUCAAUAUGCAACAACUUGUGAAAGUGAGCCUGGUUAUGAUUCUGAUAGUCCAGAGGUUUUGCAAUCUUUGAAAAACUCUCCAACUUAUAUUUUAUCAAUGAGUAUCUUAAAAAGAAGAGAACAGAAAAAAUCUUUUUAUAAAAAUUGGAAAAAUCGAAUUAUUAAGGAAUCAGGCUUAGAAAGUCGAAUCGAAAAAAAAUGCGGCAUGAGAGUUAAAAUAAGAAGUCAAGUUGUAACUUACAUCUACGAAUCUGAAUUAGAUAACAAUGAAAAAUAUUUCAAAUAUAAAAUAGUUUAUCGUUACAGCAAAAUAUUACAAAAAUGGUAUUUUUCUGUGGGUUAUAGUUUUAUACCCGAUGCAUUGAAUAUAAAACAGAUAUUUAAACACAGGGUAGAUGAUCCAAUUAGUCCCAAAGUAAUUAAGAUCGUGAAUAAAAUAAGGGAAGCUAUAGAUGCUUUUCUAGAAGCAUAUUCAUAUAUUUUCCAAUUUAUUGAUUAUGCAGAAAAAAAAUAUCCAGAUAUUGAAUUUCAAAUAGACCAACGUCUCAUUUAUCUAAAAAUGUUACUCAAGGACAAAACAUGGCCAAAGAACAUAAAGAAGAUAAAUAAAACAGAUACAAUUUUUGCUACGUUUAAAUUCGAUAAAAAUCUUGACAUUGACAGUAUCAAUUUUCAAUAUCUGUUUCUCGAAGACGAAUUAGUAUCGGAAAAGAUUAAACAAAUUUAUAUGGAUUUAUUGCGAAUUAAAUUCGAAGUUUUUCUACAAUUACCUCUUUAUGAAGCAUUUACGCAUUUCAUGGAAUAAGAAUAAUAAUAUAAAUUACAA